UUGUAAAACAUGAAGAUCAUUGCAACAAUCCUUUGCUUGGUGCCCAUCUUGGCUCUCAAAGAAGUCAACGCCGGUUGCGAAGAAUGUAUAAUUGAAAGGGGUAAUCAAAACAUCAAUGAUGGUCCCUGUUUCAUCUCCAAUACGCCGUAUGGUCAACGACCGGUGUGCAUUGGAAAAGAGGGUAGAAAAAUCUUCGAUUGUUCGAAGGAAGAUGUUCACUGCAAGUUGACAAACAAGACACUUGAAGAUUGCGGAACGCCCCUUAUCUCCCCGGAUGGUCUCGGCUUUCAUGGUGGGAAUCCAGACCAAUGCGAUUCAAAAAUUGCCAUCUAUGAUGACUGCAUGGCCGACAGCGAUUAUUACAAAUGCAGGUUCGGAAGUACCCACACCAUGGCCAAAUAUGGAUGUGGAUCUGGAAGCUAUUGCCAAGACGUUUGCAGUUAUGGGUUGACAUCACAGGCCGAGAUUGAUUCCAUCGUCAACAAGCACAACGAGUUGCGAGCCAAAGUGGCCAACUGCCAUGAAACCCUGGCUUACAACACUGAUGCUCCGCAACCCUGCGCCAAGAAUAUGAACAAGUUAAAGUGGGACCCUGAGUUGGCCAAAGUGGCUCAAAGAUGGGCUCAAGCUUGUGAUGGCUAUCAUGACACGAAUAGGGCAGUUCAUGGAUAUUCGUCCGUUGGGCAAAAUUAUGCUGCUUUUUGGUCCUCUAACGUGACCUCAUUGACAUCACCGGAAGCUUCAAUUCAAGCGUGGUAUGAUGAGGUGAAAGACAUGAGUCCCAAAGCAGUUUCAGCCUUCUCAACUGGUCCAUCUUUUGCUGCCCCAGGCAAGCCUAUUAGUCAUUACACCCAAGUGGUUUGGGCUAAAACCACCCAUGUGGGUUGUGGACGCCUCAUCUACGAGUAUCCCUUUACUAAUGCAACUACAACUCUCUUUGCCGAGGCGUUUGUUUGCAAUUAUGGUAAUGGAGGUAAUAUAUUGGGGUCUCCCAUCUAUGACAUUGCCUCUUCUCCGGCCGAUGUUGGCACUGGAUGUUCCGGGACCGUGGAGAAUGGUCUCUGUGUCUGAUCAAUGCAUAUUUUAUCCCAUAACUACCCAUACAAUAUAUUUGCGAAUGAAUAAAAGCAGCACCACA